GCGGCCGGGGGCGGGGCUUUCCCGUGGCUCUCCCGGGUAGGCGGCGGGCAACUUCCGGCAAUAAAGCCUGACGCUCCGCCGUCAGGUGCGGGCUGCGGGCUUCUGAGCGCCAGGUGGGGCCGGGAUCGUCGGCGCGCUAGGCGAACUAUGCCAUUUUUGGGUCAGGACUGGAGAUCUCCGGGAUGGAGUUGGAUGAAAACCGAAGACGGCUGGAAAAGAUGUGAUGCGUGGAGCCAGGAACUGGAGGGAGAGAACAGCCAGUGUGACAUUGGCCCCGGCAUUAUCUUAAAUAGUGAAGAUGAAGAAAUAUUCAGUAACGAAGAGCAUGAAUAUGCAUCCAAAAAAAGGAAAAAGGACCAUUUUAGAAAUGACACAAAUACUCAGUGUUUUUAUCGUGAAAACUGGAUCUAUGUCCAUAAAGAAAGCACGAGAGAAAGACAUGGCUACUGUACUUUGGGAGAAGCUUUUAAUCGCUUAGACUUCUCGAGUGCGAUCCAGGACAUCCGAAGGUUCAAUUACGUGGUCAGGCUGUUGCAGCUGAUUGCAAAGUCCCAGCUGACCUCGCUGAGUGGUGUGGCCCAGAAGAACUACUUCAACAUCCUGGAUAAGAUCGUUCAGAAGGUUCUCGGUGACCACCAAAAUCCUCGCCUGAUCAAGGAUCUUCUCCAAGACCUCAGCUCCACCCUGUGCAUUCUGAUCCGAGGAGUAGGGAAGUCCGUGCUGGUGGGAAACAUCAACAUCUGGAUUUGCCGAUUGGAGACCGUUCUCCGCUGGCAGCAGCAGCUGCAGAAUCUUCAGAUGACGGAGCAGGUGGACAGUGGCCUGACACUCAGCGACCUCCCCGUGCACAUGCUCAGCAACAUCCUGUACAGGCUCUCGGAUGGGUGGGACAUCGUCACCUUGGGUCAGGUGACCCCGACACUGUCCGCGCUCAGCGAGGACCGGCAGCUGUGGAAGAAGCUCUGCCAGUACCACUUUGGGGAGAAGCAGUUUUGUAGACACUUGAUCCUUUCAGAAAAAGGCCAUGUGGAGUGGAAGCUGAUGUAUUUUGCGCUUCAGAAGCACUACCCCACCAAGGAGCAGUACGGAGACACCUUGCACUUCUGCCGGCAUUGCAGCAUCCUCUUCUGGAAGGACUGCCGCCUUGCUUUAUUACUCGAGGACUCGGGCCACCCCUGCACGGCCGCUGACCCGGACAGCUGCUUCACGCCUGUGUCCCCGCAGCACUUCAUCGACCUUUUCAAGUACUGAGGGCCUGGCCAGGCCCACCAUAACCUGGAGCCUGAGUUGGAGACAACGUGAAAAGGGCCUGUGGGCAGGGGCGCCUGUGGCUUCCACCUCUGAAGCCGGGUCAGGGAACCCCAGCAAAAUCCACCUUUGAAAUAGGGUCAAGGAACCCCAGCAAAAUCAUUUCUGCUCUCUUUAAAAAAUUCUUCUAAGCACAUUAAAAUUUGGAACUUUGUGUAUUUGUAAAUAUGGUUCAAAAAAAGAGUGUGUUUUCAGCACCACAUCCUGUGCUGAACUGACACCAACAGCCAAGAAGACUAUGCCUCUUAACGCAAAUGAUGGUUUUCCGAUUUUGUAGUGAUUGGGGUGAGGGUAGAUCACUGAUCCUUGUAAUGACAUUGUACAGAAUAUUUAUUUUUCUUAAGAUGUAUAUUAACUGUUUUGGUUGUGUCUGCACGAGUCUUCUCAGAUACAGAAGGAUCCAGGGAAGUAUGUGCCUGUCUCCUGGAUGCGCAGCAGUGGGUUGUGAAUUGUGCAGAUGGCUGAGACCCACAAGGGCCUGCGUCUGGGGCUGUGGUCCAGGGCUCGUGCCCAAUGCCAACAGACAGGACCCUGACCUGGGGGAGCCUGGUGUGGCCACUGCUUGGAACCCUCUUCUAGCAGAGUAAUAAAUCAUGUUUGUCUACCUGUUUUAACUUUGUCAGUUUUUGCAUCUUACUGAAAAAAGUAGUGUCAAUGAUUUUGAUAAUCGUUUAUUGAAACCUCUCAAAGAUAAUUUUAUUUUAAAAAUAUUGCAUGUACGUUUUAGAAAACUUUGAAAAUAAAGGUUUAUAAGAGAAUAAAACUGGUGCAUAACCAUGGCACCCAGAAUAUCUGUGCUUGCCAGAAAGCACGUUGGAAUGGCCCCGGCAGAUGCAGGGGAGAAAUGAACAGGGUCAGGGACCCGAGCCCAGUCACUUCUGCUUCCUUCUUCUUAGCAGGUGGAAAUGUGCAGUCUUGCGUAUUUGUAAAUAAAGAGUCUAUGCUUUCAGCACAUGUUCUGUGCCGAACUGGUGCAGCCAAAA